CACUUUACUACUCCACUCCACACACUAUGCACCGGACUCCACAUUCUCUCACUCCCUCACACACUCCAUUCCUCUCCUGCCUUCCACACUCCCUAACAUCGAACACCCAGUCCUCCCCAAGCUCUCUUCACCUAGACAUUUACACACACGCGUUCCAGCACUCAAGACCCCAGACAGGUUUCCUGCACGUAGGUGGCGGUGAGUGGAGGUCAGUGGCGUCCAUUCGUGCCCUUCCGCAACAGGCAAGCAAGGGAGUGUCAGCUGUGUAAGGAACUGGCCUGAGGAGCGUGGUGCGGAGGGGGAAGGAACGACAGGACAGCUACGGGUGUGGGUGAACAAGUGAGGGCGGCGCGGACACCACUGCAGUGUCUGGGCAACAAUGAUCGUGACAGCGCGGGGAAUUCUUGCCGCCACCCUCAUCCUCCUGCUUUUCAUCUUCCUCCACCUCCUGCCGCACUACAGAGGCGUAGAGCGAGGAGGGAACGCGCCACAACGCUAUAAACUAGGGGGCGGCUGGAGUCCUCCCAAAUGUUUCAUCAAGCCGCUGUCCAACCUGACGGAGCUGCGUCAUUACUUCUCGAAAUCCGAAGCUCCGUGUACUAACCUGAAAGCGUUCGCGGCAGCCCCUCCAGCGUCCUCGGGAGACAGAAAGCUGAUGUGCCUGGACCCUUACUACAACAUUCGCCCUGGGAGCUGCCUCGUGCUGUCCUUCGGUGUGGGUCAGAGUUGGCACUUCGAAGACGAGGUGGCGGAGUUCGGGUGUGAGGUGGUGGCUUUCGAUCCAACGAAUGGAUUAAAGGACCACAAAAGAGGCGACAAGAUCAGUUUUUACAGCGUCGGGAUCAGCAACUUCAGGGGCAGCAAACUCCUGGGCAUGAUGCGAUACGGAAAGAAGACGGUGGGCGCCGUGGACCGCUACGAGAAUCUGCUGGCGCGUGCUGGCCUGCAGGGGCGUGUGGUGGACUACCUCAAACUGGACGUGGAACUCUCCGAACUCGAAUUUUUCCAGGACAUGUUCUUCAACACCCCUCACCUGCUGGCCGGCGUGAAGCAAAUCGCCAUGGAGGUGCACCACGACGACGAGGGAGACGUGGAUCUGGGACCGGCCAGCGUGUACCAGCUGUUCUGGACUUACUACCAGCUGCUGCGGUGCCACGGGUUCAGACUCAUCCUUACGUACAACCACAACUCCAGGCGGAAGUGGACGGAGGUGCUGUGGGGUCGAAAGGGGGCGUGGUGAAGUGCUGUGGGACUCGAGAGGAGACGUGAUAAGGUUCUGUGGGAUCGAAUAAAGGCAUGAUAAUGGUGCUGUGUGACCGAGAGGGUGCGUGGUAAGGUGCUGUGAAGCCGAUUGUGUAUGAUAGGAUGCUGUGGAAUCGAGUGAGUGUAUAAUCGUGCUGUGGGACCGAGAAAGUGUAUGAUAAGAGUGCUGUGGGACCGAGAGUGUAUGACAGUGCUGUGAAGCUGAGGUGGCGUGAAAGGAUGUUGUGAGGCCAGAAGAAUGUACUGCAGAGCCGAGAGGUGUAGUGAAUGAGUACGGCCAAGAAGGGCAUUAUGAUGUGUGGAUGUGAUGAUUUACAAACCUGGAGGAAACGUGCACGAGGGUCGCCUCCGCUUGUACUUCGUCGUCGUAGUUAUCGUCGUCGUCUUUGUCGUCUCAUCACUACAUUUUUUUUUUUUUUUUUUUUUUUUGUGUGUGUGUGUGUGUGUGUGUGUGUGUGUGUGUGUGUGUUUAAAGGUGUGUGUGUCUGUGUGUAUUAGUAGAAAACACGAUCAUGUACCGUUGUGUUUUUGCUGUUGUAUGAUUGAAAUAUUAACUGUUUC